UUCUGUUGAGGUAGCCUGAAGAGUCAAGAAGAGCCCUCGUGCUUUGCGUGACAUUUAGAACAAGUUGGGAAAAAAACAUCAAAGGUAUCUAAAGGAUAGAACAGCCCUCUCAGCCAAUCCCUGUAGCCACAGGACCAUGUGCCAGUGAUGACUAGCUGUUGUAUCCCAGAGGCCCACCUUGGCAGUUAGAGGAGAGGCUCCGCCCCCAUCACCAUGACAGCAGCGUUGCCGCGGAACGCUGCCCCCCUGUCUGUGCCUGGCCUGUUGCUCCUCCCCCUGCUCCUGCUGCCCUUCCCCAUCGCACUGUCCCAGAAACACCUGCUCCCCUCCCCACCUGCCCCCACACCCGCCCCCCAGUACCUGUCCCGGCCGGAGUGUACACGGAGAGAACACCCUGUGGUCACCUUCCAAGCCCUGAGUCCUUGGAUCACUAUUUUCUCCCACCCGGGCGUGAGAGACUACUCCCAACUGACCCUUGACCUGACCAGGAAUGAGUUGAUAGUGGGGGCAAGAAACUUCCUCUUCAGAUUGAGUCUCAACAAUGUGUCUCUCAUCCAGGCAACGGAAUGGGGCCCAGACGAUGACACCAGGAGGUCCUGUCAGAGCAAGGGGAAGACGGAGGUGGAAUGUCAGAACUACAUCCGCGUCCUGCUGGUCAAUAAGACUGAGGUCAUCACCUGUGGAACCAACGCCUUCCAGCCCCUCUGUAUCACCCGGGAGGUGGGGAAUAUGAGUAGUGUGUUGGAUCGCGUGAACGGUGUGGCAAGGUGCCCCUACGACCCUCGCCAUAACUCCACGGCGGUGGUGACGGAGAGCGGCGAGCUAUACGCCGCCACGGUCAUCGACUUCUCUGGUCGCGACCCCGUCAUCUACCGGAGCCUGGGGGGCAUGCCACCCCUCAGGACGGCCCAGUACAACUCCAAGUGGCUCAAUGAGCCCCAUUUCAUCUCAGCCUACGAUGUGGGUCUCUUCACAUUCUUCUUCCUGCGUGAGAACGCUGUGGAACACGACUGUGGGAAGACCGUCUACUCCCGGGUGGCCCGCGUCUGUAAGAACGACAUCGGAGGGCGGUUCCUACUGGAGGACACCUGGACCACCUUCAUGAAGGCCAGGCUGAACUGCUCGCGCUCCGGAGAGAUCCCCUUCUACUAUAAUGAGCUGCAGAGCACCUUCUAUCUGCCUGAACAAGACCUAAUCUACGGAAUAUUCACCACCAACGUGAAUAGUAUAGCAGCGUCUGCAGUGUGUGCGUUUAACCUCAGCGCCAUCACUCAGGCCUUCAACGGGCCCUUCCGUUCCCAGGAGAACCCCCGCUCUAACUGGCUGCCCACCCCCAACCCCAUCCCCAACUUCCAGUGUGGUACCAUAGAUGAUGACGGCGGUCCUAACGAUGGUCUGACGGAGCGCAGCCUCCAGGAUGCCCAGCGGCUGUACCUGAUGAAUGACGUGGUGCAGCCCGUCUCUGUGGACCCCUUGGUCAUGCAGGAUGACGUGCGCUUCUCAAGGCUGGUGGUGGACAUCGUACAGGGUCAUGACACACUCUACCAUGUCAUGUACAUCGGCACAGAGUACGGCACCAUCCUGAAGGCCCUGGCGACCACCAAUAAGAGCCUUCAAGGGUGUUACCUGGAGGAGAUCCAGCUCCUCCCCGCUGGGGUGUGGGAGCCAAUCCUGAGCCUGCAGAUCCUUCAAAGUGAUAGGUCACUGUUCGUAGGACUCAACAACAGAGUUCUGAAGAUCCCUCUGGAGAGAUGCUCCAACUACAAGACUGAGAUGCUAUGCCUGGAGGCCCGUGACCCAUACUGUGGCUGGGACAGGAAACAGAGGCGAUGCACCACCCUGGAGGACAGCUCUAACAUGAGCCAGUGGAGUCAGAACAUCACUGUGUGUCCUCUGAGGAACCAGACCACCAAUGGCGGCUUUGGACCCUGGGCGGCAUGGCAACAAUGCAGCAACGACGACGGCGACAGCACCAGCACCUGUCUCUGUCGCUCCAGGGACUGUGACAACCCCCCAGCUCGCUGUGGUGGGAGGAACUGUGAGGGGCCCACCAUCGAAGUCUCCAACUGUUCCAGAAACGGAGGCUGGACCCCCUGGUCGUCAUGGGGACAGUGCAGCACCACCUGUGGAACGGGGUUUGAGAUGCGCCAGCGCUCCUGCAACAACCCGUCGCCUCGUCACGGUGGACGCGUGUGUGUGGGCCCUGUCAGGGACGAAAGGUUCUGUAAUGAGGGUGUGUCGUGUCCCCAGCCUAUCUUCUGGUCCCCGUGGGGUUCCUGGACUAAGUGCAGUGCUGAGUGUGGAGGAGGGGUCCACUCCAGGGUCAGGAGCUGUGAGAACGGGAACAGCUGCCCAGGCUGCGCACUGGAGUACAAGGCAUGUAACCUGGAGGCGUGUCCAGAGGUGAAGAGGAACACCCCCUGGACCCCGUGGAUGCCCAUCAACGUGACCCAGGGUGGGGCACGCCAGGAGCAGAGAAUGCGCUACAUGUGCCGCGCCCAGCUAGCAGACCCCCACGAGCUGCAGAUCGGACGACGCAAAGUAGAGACCCGCUUCUGCCCCAACGACGGCACGGUUGCCUGCGAAACCGACACUCUAGUGGAGGAACUCCUAAGGACCCCUGUGUUACGAGUAGCAGGCUCCGACUGGUCGUCAUGGGAGACGUGGUCCGCCUGCUCCCAGGACUGUGCCAAGGGGUACCGCACCCGCAAGCGCACCUGUACCACCCCAGAGGGCAAGGCUGCCCCGCCAGCCUGCAGGGGCUCACCGGUGGAGUACCAGGACUGCAACUCUCAGGCCUGCCAAGUGAGUGGAGCCUGGUCAUGUUGGUCGUCCUGGUCUCAGUGUUCAGUGCCCUGUGGUGGAGGGCACUACCAGCGUACCCGCUCCUGUAACAACCCCAGCCCUGGCAACGGAGGAGAUAUCUGUAUUGGGCUACACACUGAGGAAGCGCUGUGCAACACACACACCUGUGACGGCGGCUGGAUGGCCUGGUCUCUGUGGUCAGCGUGUGACAAUGCAGGGCUGCAGGUACGCAGCAGGGUAUGUGGGGCUCAAGGCUCCGCCCCCUGUGUGGGAAACAGCACCGAGCACAGGGACUGCAAUGAGAUCCCAGUGAUUCUCCCUGCGUCUGGCUUUGAUAAGGACCAGCAAUGCGGAGCGUUCACCUCGCUGCACCUGAUAGCCACAGGCGUGUCCUGUUUCCUGGGGGCGGGCCUUCUGUCCUUUCUGGUCUACAUGUACAGUCAGCGCUUCCACAAGCCCUCGCAGGAGUCCGCCGUCAUACACCCCACCACGCCCAACCACCUCAACUACAAGGGCAACACCACACCAAAGAACGAGAAGUACACGCCCAUGGAGUUCAAGGUAUUGUCACAGACCCUGAACAAGAAUAACCUGCUCCCAGAUGAGAGGUCUAACUUCUACCCAACGCCCCUGCAGCAGACUAACAUGUACACCACCACCUACUACCCCACAGCGCUGGGCAAAUAUGACUACAACAGGCCUGACUCCUCCCCUUCCCCCUGCAGGACCUAUAACAACAGCUGAGACACCCCCCCUCCCCCAUGGCCCAGGCCCCACCCACCCAGACUGAACUGAACUCCACCCCUAUCACCAUGGUGACAGAUGGCAUGGUGACUGAAAACAACCUCUGACCUGGAACUCAUUUUUGCUCCCCUCUCCUUUAUCCCAUGGGGGAUAUGGGGGGGGGUGUAAGGGUAGACUCACUAAGUACAGCCAGGAAUUUGAUCAUAGUUUG